UUUCGUAAUAAAUGAUUUGAGUUUUUCUUAGAAUGAUGACUUUCUUAGGAAGGAAAUGAAUGAUGUUUGGAUGAUUGUAGUCAGUUCCCCUUGAGUUUAAAGAGUUAUCAGCGUAACCAUAGGUGCAGUUUAACAAAUACACUAUAAGGGUCAUUGUCAUUGUUCAUAUAGAAAUCAUAUGUCUCAAUAUUAUCUGAUGUGAACUAUAUGACUACAGUUUUGAUACAGUAAUGAAGAUCAUGAAUGAACAAGGAUGGACUUUUUCAAUUUUAAAAGUAUGAAUUUACACAUGAGGGUACAUUUGAGGAGUUUCAUUGCAAAAUGAGAUAACUCAGUUUUAUUAAUUUUUCAGAAAUCUCGUUUUUUGGUUGUGCAUUCCAAUUAAUAUCAAUUUAACUGCAGUUGGUUUGUUUUGAUUUAAACCUUCAUAACUUAAAAAAUACAGCUAAGUAGCACCAUAAAACAAAAUAAUAACAUGAUAACAUAAUAAUAAACAUGUUUUGACAAAAAUGUUAAAAACAGAUUUAUCUCGUUUCGCAACGAAACUCUUCAUUUGAUUGCACGAGAUUGGACAGAAUUCCUCCAGACGUUUAUACCAAAACUUUUGUUUACAAAUUACAUUGGCAUUUUGAUUCAAAGCCUGUGCAAAUGACAAAAUUAGUAAGGUUAUGUCAACAAACUGUAAAACUUUCAGACCUCAAACAUUCAUUCACUUUUAUUAGAGAAAAAUAAUAUUUCCAAAAGAGCAAUUUCAAUCCAGUUCACAUUUACAAAAGUCUACGAACUCUAUAGAAAACAUUUGUAUGAGUUUAUGAGAAAAUGGUCAACCAAAUUAUAUGUUAUGACUAAAAGAAUAAAGCUGGGUCAAAUAUGGGUUAUAUAUAUAUCCCUAUGCUGGGUUGUUGGUACCCGACUGUAAAUUGAAACAACCCAGCAUUUUUUUAGAGUGCUAGAUGUUUUAAUGUGUAAGACUAUUCAACAAAACACCAGUAUAAUGUAUUUUGAUGAAAAUUACAUAAGCAAACAAUUGUAGUCACAUAAUCAACCUCGUGAAGUAUUUGCAAUUUGUCCAAAACUACUUUUUUAUGUUGUGCACAACUGACUAGAAUAGAUGAUGUGGAGGUUGAACAAAGUGUUUUGAAAAUGUCAUUUAUGAUCUGAGAAAUCCUCAAAAGUGAAUGAGAAAAACUCUGAUGACUCUAAACCACAAAUCCUGGACCACAAAUGGGUACAUUUUUAAAAUGUAGAUUUAUGCAUCAUCUAAAGGUAAAAAAUAGGAUAUCAAAUGAUGUAUGGUUUGUUAGGUCAAUGGUUGGCAGAGAUACAACUAUUUGAAAGUCUGGAAUCUGAGGCUGGAAAAAAUCCAAAUGAAGUCCUUUGCAACUGCAUUCACUCACAAAAAAGUUUUUAUAUAUUUACAGUUGGAAAUGUACAAAAUAUCUUCAUUGAACAUGAUUUAUAUUAUAUCCUAAUGGGUUUUGACAUUGAUGUUUAUUGUUGCAUUAGUGAUAUAUGACCCAAACAUGACAUAUAAGGCAUAUUUAUCGGACAUAAUAUAUAUUUUAUGCUGUAUUUAGUAUGUAUCAGAGAUUAUUAAUAGUAUUUCUUCAUUGGCUCAGAUUGGUGUAGAGGUCUGAUUUUGCAUACAUCACACUUCCACAUAAUCCCUGAUUUACAACUUUUUUAUUUCAUGUUCUGCAAUGAUGUAUCUAUGAUAACUAUUAUGUAGUUGUUUUUGGAUAUUCUCUAAAACUGAAUUAUAGAUUUGUUUUCAACUUUGUGCACAGCUGAGUAUUUCAGGAAGUCAAAUGUGUGAAAUAGAUUUUACAGUCUGCCCACUUAUGUGGUUGUCAGCAUCUGUGUUUUGCAGAAGAUGCCCAUGUGCCAGGAAGAAAAGCUCACUUUCCCCACCAUUCUUUAGACUGUGAAAUUCAGUGAAAGAUGAAUCAUUAAUAUGAUCUAAUUUCAUAUGAACCAUGCAUGUGUUUGCCCCACAAACUAUAGAAACCUGCUUUAGCCAAUCAGAGGAGACUCUGGUGUGUAUAUAUAGGGAGUGUUUGAGUCGAUGAGAGUUUUAUACUGUAAUACUGUACAGCAGAAGACACGCUUUAAAGAAGUUUACCUGGACGAUCUGCAGAUCAGGAAAAAUAAAAUCAAUCAUCUGACACACACAGUGAAAGAGAGAGAGAGAGAGAGAGAGAGAUUGAGAAAAAUGCCCAAAUCCUGCAUGUUGUGUUUGAUUCUUGCUUUGACAGCCCUCACAGUUUGUAGAGCUCGUCGCAAGCGACACCUCAAAAACUCAGAUGAAUCUGUUUCUUGCUUCAAUGGAGACGGACGGCUCUACCGGGGCUCUGUGUCUGAGUCUGCGAGCGGGCAAACGUGUCUGAGGUGGAAUUCAAGACUCUUGCAUGAUAUCAAUGGACACAGCGGAAAACAUGACCAGAGACGACACAACCACUGCAGAAAUCCAGACAACAGCUCCAGACCCUGGUGUUAUGUACAGACACGGUUUAGGAUUAGGAGAGAAGACUGUGAUAUUCCCCGCUGUCCAAACGACGGUUGGCAGUGCGGCCUGAGGGAGGAUCGCCUCAUGAAGGUGGUGGGCGGAGGUUUGAGCACGGUACAGCGACACCCCUGGAUGGCAGCGGUCUUGACGAGGAAAUCUGGGGUUAAAGGAUUAAGUUGUGGAGGGAGUCUUAUAUCACCCUGCUGGGUCCUUACAGCCGCACACUGCUUUUCUAGUGGUCCUCAGACACGUCUCAGUAAACUCUCAGUAUAUUUGGGGAAGAAUGCGUUAAAUGAGACGGACCUGCAGAGAGAGCAGAAGUUCAGAGUCUCUGAGCUGAUCAUCCAUGAAAAUUUUGACAACACAGACGGCAACUACAAAAAUGACAUCGCGUUGUUGAAGAUUCAAAGUUUGGAUGGUGGAUGUGCUAAAGAGUCCAGCUCAGUGAAGACGGUUUGCAUUCCUGAUCCUAAACGCACGCUCGUUGACCAGACGUCUUGUGACAUCACUGGAUAUGGGAAAGAGCAUCAAGGGUCAUGGCAUUACUCUCAAUAUCUUAAAGAAGGAAAGGUCAAUGUAUUGUCACAUGAUCUAUGCUCCAGUAAAAUAGUCUACGGUAACAUGAUCACAGAAAACAUGUUGUGUGCUGGGAAUAAAGACUGGAGUACUGACUCCUGUGAGGGAGACUCCGGUGGGCCGCUGGUGUGUGAUGUCAGCGGUCGUGCGUUUCAGUUCGGUGUGGUGAGUUGGGGUGAAGGAUGCUCUCGAGAGUUUCGUCCCGGUGUUUAUACAAAAGUGAGCAACUAUUAUUACUGGAUCCUGGAGAAAACCGGCCUGUCUUCACUUUCACCAGCAUAAAUGAAUAAAUAUAAAUGAACUGAUAUAUAUCACACAGGCCAGUUAUUCUGACAAUUAUUUAGCCAUUUUGAGAUGAUUAGCUUUAUCCAAUAAAUUGUGUUUGUUUGACCUGUGUGGUCAUUCGCAUAUAGAUCAAAUAGAUUUCUGUUUUUAAUGAGUUUAUUGUAUUAAAUAGUCAUUUAAUUUUGCUGUGAUUUAAUAGUAAAA